AUGAAGGGCGCCGCGAUCACCUCCGCCGCCGUGGCCUUUGGCCUCGGUGCCUCGACCACCGCCUUCCUGAGCCCCCACAUGGGCGCCGGCCGCACGCAGGCGCCCCUGGCGCAGGCCGGCGCCGAGCCCGCGGAGCUCCGCGGCUCCGCGGCCUCGGAGCCCGCGCGCGGCGCCGCGGCAACCGGCCUCGCCGCGGCCGGCUGCGUCGCCGCCCUGGCCGGCCUCGUCGCGCGGCAGUCGCUCUCCGCGCCGAAGAAGCCGUCGAAGCCCCGCCAGGUGGCCAUGACCGCUUUCGAGAGCGAGACCGGCGUCCAGGCCCCCGUCGGCUACUGGGACCCGCUGGGGCUCAGCGCGGACGGGGACGUGGCGACCUUCAAGCGUCGCCGAGAGACCGAGCUGAAGCACGGCCGCGUGGCAAUGUACGCCACGAUGGGCUACAUCACGCCGGAGUUCUACAAGUGGCCGGGCUACCUGAGCCCUUCUUCUGGGCUCAAGUUCGCGGACGUGCCGAACGGGCUGGCCGCCUGCAGCAAAGUGCCCGCCGUGGGCUGGCUCCAGAUCAUCCUCUUCGCCGGCGCCUUCGAAGCGGGCUUCGGCUACGACGCCUACACUCGUGGUGGCGAGCCCGGCAAUUACGGCUGGAAGGCGCUCACGUCGGAUGACCCCGCAGUCCUGAAGAGGAAGCUGAAUUCCGAGCUGGCGAACGGGCGCCUGGCCAUGAUGGCCAUCAUCGGCAUGUUCUACCAGGACGGCCUCACAGGCUCCGCGUGGGGCGACUGGGCAAACUACGCCGAUUCGCCGCUGCGCGCCUUCGAGAGCGAGCUGGGGGUGCAGGCGCCCGUCGGCUUCUGGGACCCCGCCGGCCUCAGCAAGGACGGCGACGCGGCGGCCUUCAAGCGCCGCCGCUCCACCGAGAUCAAGCACGGCCGGGUAUCCAUGCUGGCGACGAUGGGUUACAUCACCCCCGAGGUGGCGGGCAAGUUCCCGGGCUACCUUAGCCCUUCCAAGGGUCUCGCUUUCGAGGACAUCCCCAACGGAUUGGCUGCCAUCUCCAAGGUGCCCUUCGUGGGAUGGCUCCAGAUCGUCAUCUACUGCUUGUACGUUGAGGCGUCUGGACUUGGCUUCAAUUACAUCGGCACGGAGGCCACCCCGGGCGACGUGGGCUGGAAGCCGCCGCUGCUUUCUGGCUUCGAUGGCGAGGCGAAAACGAAGAAGCUGAACGCGGAGAUCGCCAAUGGCAGGCUGGCAAUGAUGGCGAUCAUCGGGAUGUUCUUUCAGGAUGGUUUGACCGGCAGCGCGUGGGGUGAUUGGGCCCUCUACACGGACUCGCCGCUCCGCGCGUUCGAGAGCGAGUUGGGUGUGCAGGCUCCGCUGGGCUUCUGGGACCCACUGGGGCUCUCAGCCGAUGGCGAUGUGACGUCCUUCAAGCGCCGCCGAUCUGUGGAGAUCAAGCACGGCAGGAUCUGCAUGAUGGCGACCAUGGGCUACAUCACGCCGGAGGUCGCUGGAAAGUGGCCUGGUUUCAUCAGCAAGUCCGAAGGAUUGAAGUUCGCCGACAUCCCGAACGGGUUGGCGGCCAUCUCCAAGGUGCCGGGAUUGGGCUGGCUGCAGAUCGCGUCUUGGUUUGCAUUCUGUGAGAUCCAGCAGGGCUACGACGCAGACGCCAAGGCCGAGCCAGGCAAUGUCGGGUGGAAGCCGCCUCUGCUUGUUUCCGCCGACCCUGAGACACGAAAGCGCAGGCUGAACGCUGAGAUCGCAAACGGCCGGCUUGCCAUGAUGGCCAUCAUCGGCAUGUUCUUCCAAGACGGUCUUACUGGGUCUGCCUGGGGUGACUGGGCCAACUACACGGACUCGCCGCUCCGCGCGUUCGAGAGCGAGUUGGGUGUGCAGGCUCCGCUGGGCUUCUGGGACCCACUGGGGCUCUCAGCCGAUGGCGAUGUGACGUCCUUCAAGCGCCGCCGAUCUGUGGAGAUCAAGCACGGCAGGAUCUGCAUGAUGGCGACCAUGGGCUACAUCACGCCGGAGGUCGCUGGAAAGUGGCCUGGUUUCAUCAGCAAGUCCGAAGGAUUGAAGUUCGCCGACAUCCCGAACGGGUUGGCGGCCAUCUCCAAGGUGCCAGGAUUGGGCUGGCUGCAGAUCGCGUCUUGGUUUGCAUUCUGUGAGAUCCAGCAGGGCUACGACGCAGACGCCAAGGCCGAGCCAGGCAAUGUCGGGUGGAAGCCGCCUCUGCUUGUUUCCGCCGACCCUGAGACACGAAAGCGCAGGCUGAACGCUGAGAUCGCAAACGGCCGGCUUGCCAUGAUGGCCAUCAUCGGCAUGUUCUUCCAAGACGGUCUUACUGGGUCUGCCUGGGGUGACUGGGCCAACUACACGGACUCGCCGCUCCGUGCGUUCGAGAGCGAGCUCGGUGUGCAACCGCCAGUGGGCUUCUGGGACCCGGUCGGUUUCACCAAGGAUGGCGAUGUUGCUGCCUUCAAGCGCAGGCGGGAGACCGAGAUCAAGCAUGGCCGGGUCUCUAUGCUGGCCACGAUGGGCUACAUCACCCCCGAGGUGGUCGGCAAGUUUCCGGGUGAGCUCUCUCCCAGUCUCGGAGUCAAAUACGCGGAUAUCCCGAACGGCCUUGCCGCCCUUUCUAAGGUGCCAGGCCCCGGUUGGCUGCAGAUCGUGGCGUAUUGCCUCUACUGCGAGUCUGGGCCGUUCGGUUACAACGCUGACCCCAACAGGAAGCCUGGAGAGCUCGGCUGGAGGCCGAUCGGCUUGUACAGCGCUGACCCCCAGGUGAGGCAGCGCAGGCUCGCUGCUGAGAUCGCAAACGGCCGGCUUGCCAUGAUGGCCAUCAUCGGCAUGUUCUUCCAAGACGGUCUUACUGGGUCUGCCUGGGGUGACUGGGCCAACUACACGGACUCGCCGCUCCGCGCGUUCGAGAGCGAGCUCGGUGUGCAGGCACCAGUGGGCUUCUGGGACCCUGCUGGAUACUGCAAGGACGGGGACGCCGACAACUUCACCCGCCGCCGGGUCACUGAGAUCAAGCACGGCCGGGUCUCCAUGAUAGCGUGCAUCGGGUACAUCGUGCCCGAGUACUUCAGGUUUCCCGGAGACUGCGCGCCCAGCCAGGGCCUCGCAUUCUCCGGCAUCCCCAACGGCCUGGCGGCGUUGGGCAAGGUGCCUGCCGUGGGCUGGGCUCAGAUGUUCCUGUUUGCGGGAAUGAUCGACUUUGGAUACCUGCAGUACGACCCCAGCAGGGGCCCCGGCGACUACAAGAACGCAGGGGUCUUUGGCGUCCUCAACGGCGGCGGGUGGGGCCCGAUGCAGAAUGCGGAGGCAAGGAAGACGAAGCUGAACGCUGAGCUUGCGAAUGGUCGUCUUGCCAUGAUGGCCAUCAUCGGCAUGUUUUUCCAGGACGGCCUCACCGGAUCCGCCUGGGGCGAUUGGGCCCUCUACACGGACUCGCCGCUGCGCGCCUUCGAGAGCGAGCUGGGCGUGCAGGCGCCGACCGGCUUCUGGGACCCCCUGGGCUACACGAACGAUGGCAGCGUGGAGAACUUCCAGCGCCGCCGCUCCACAGAGAUCAAGCACGGGCGCGUGGCCAUGUACGCGACCAUGGGCUACAUCUUCCCAGAGUACGUCAGGUUCCCCGGCCUGCUGAGCCCCUCGGCCGGCCUGAAGUUCGCCGACGUGCCCAACGGCCUCGCCGCGCUCUCCAAGGUGCCAGCGGCCGGCUGGUUGCAGAUCUUCCUCUUCAUCGGCACGUACGAGGUGGCCUACGCGGAGAAGCCUGGGGAGCCGGGCAAUUUCGGCAAGGGCAACUUCGGCCUCUUCGGUGGUGUCGCCGACUCCGCCAAGAGGACCCGCGGCCUGAACUCCGAGAUCGCGAACGGGCGCCUGGCCAUGAUGGCGAUCAUCGGCAUGUUCUACCAGGACGGCCUCACCGGGUCCGCCUGGGGCGACUGGGACCUCUACACGGCCUCUCCGCUGCGCGCCUUCGAGAACGAGCUGGGCGUGCAGGCCCCCCUCGGCUUCUGGGACCCUAUCGGCUACACCGCCGACGGCGACGAGGCCGCGUUCAAGCGCCGCCGGGCGACCGAGCUGAAGCACGGGCGCAUCUCGAUGCUGGCCGCCAUGGGCUACAUCACGCCCGAGCUCGGGUUCAAGUUCUCGGGCUACCUGUCCCCCUCCAUGGGGCUCAAGUUCGCAGACGUCCCCAACGGUCUGAAAGCCGUCUCCGUGGUGCCCGCGCUCGGCUGGGCCCAGAUCAUCGCCUACAUGGCGUUCUGCGAGGUGUCCCAAGACCAGAAGCCAGGCACUAAGGCCUGGGCGGGCGACUUCGGAUUCAAGGUGCUCACGUCUUCCGACCCCGAGACGCUGAAGAAGAAGCUCUCUGCCGAGAUCGCCAACGGCCGCCUGGCCAUGAUGGCCAUCAUUGGCAUGUUCUUCCAGGACGGCCUCACCGGGUCUCCUUGGGGCGACUGGGCCCUCUACACGGACUCGCCGUUGCGCGCCUUCGAGAGCGAGACGGGGGUGCAGCCGCCAGUGGGCUUCUGGGAUCCGCUCGGCCUUUCAGGCGACGGCAGCGCCUUCAACUUCUCGCGACGGCGCGAGGUGGAGCUGAAGCACGGGCGAGUGUCGAUGUUCGCCACGAUCGGCUACAUUGUCCCCGAGUACUACAAGCUGCCCGGCUUCCUCUCCCCAUCCUACGGGAUCCAAUUUGCCGAGGUGCCCAACGGUCUCGGCGCUCUGUCGAAGGUGCCCGCGCUUGGCUGGCUGCAGAUCAUCCUGCUCGCCGGCGUGACCGAGGUCCAGAUCUACAAAGACACGGUCAACGGCGAGCCCGGCAAUUACGGCGCCGGCUUCUUGGGUUGCAAGAGCAUCGGCCUGACCAGCCCCGGCUUCGCAGACCCCGAGGUGCGGAAGGCGAAGCUGAACGCGGAGCUGGCCAACGGCCGCCUGGCGAUGAUGGCCAUCAUCGGCAUGUUCUUCCAGGACGGCCUUACGGGCUCCGCCUGGGGCGAUUGGGCCCUCUACACCGACUCCCCGCUGCGGUGA